CAAUGGACCAAAAUAUGCCGAUGUUAUUUUCUACAAGGUCAUUGUUAAGGCAAAUCCUGCAAUCAAACAUUCUUUUUCUCUUCUUCUUAGCGGUUUGUUGCACUCCUCCGGAGGACCCCGUCAAGUGCUCCUCACCCAACAACACAAACUGCACCAUCACCAACUCCUACGGUGCCUUCCCCGACCGGAGCAUCUGCCGAGCAGGCAGCGCAGCCUACCCCGCCACGGAGGAAGAGCUAAUCGCCGUCAUCGCCAACGCCACCAGGAACGGAUUGAAAAUGAAGGCAGCGACGCGUUUCUCUCACAGCAUUCCAAAGCUGGCUUGCCCCGGAGGCAAAGAAGGCCUUCUCAUAAGCACCAAGCUUCUGAACCGCGUGUUGAACAUCGACGUUAAGGCGAUGACGAUGACGGUCGAGAGCGGGGUGACGCUUAGGGAGCUGAUUAGUGAGGCUGCAACGGCGGGUCUGGCAUUGUCCUACGCGCCAUAUUGGUGGGGCUUGACGGUGGGAGGGCUUUUGGGCACGGGCGCUCAUGGCAGUACAUUGUGGGACAAGGGAAGUUCUGUCCAUGACUAUGUAGUUGGGCUUACCAUUGUUAGUCCGGGUGGGGCUGAAGACGGAUUUGUCAAAGUUAGGAGGCUUAAUGACGGUGAUCAAGAGCUAAACGCGGCCAAGGUUUCGCUUGGAGUUCUUGGGGUUAUUUCUCAGGUGAGAUUAAAACUCCAGCCUAUGUUCAAGAGAUCCAUAACUUACGUGACAAAGAAUGACUCUGACUUGGGAGAUCAAGUCGCAUGUUUUGGUAGAGAACAUGAGUUUGCAGACAUAACAUGGUACCCAAGUCAGCAAAAGGCCAUCUAUCGUGUCGACGACCGCGUCUCCACCAACACCUCCGGGGAUGGCUUGUAUGACUUCAUUCCGUUCCGCUCCACGUCUAGUUUGGCGCUUGCAUUUAUUAGAAUCACAGAGGAGAACCAAGAAUCCACUAAUGAUGCCGGAGGAAAAUGCACAGGUGCAAAGUUAAUCACGUCCACUCUCUCCACCAGUGCUUACGGUCUGACAAAUAAUGGUGGGUACCUUGGAGUUAUCUUUACGGGGUACCCGGUGAUUGGAUACCAACACCGUCUCCAAUCAUCCGGGACAUGCUUAGAUAGUCUUCAUGAUGCAAGAGUUACUGCCUGCUCAUGGGAUUCAAGAGUCAAAGCCGAGUUCUUUCACCAAACCACAUUCAGCCUUGGCUUGUCUGUUGUGAAGAGCUUCGUUGAAGACGUGCAAAAGCUGGUCAAAUUGGAACCUAAGGCAUUAUGUGGCUUAGAACUCUACAACGGAAUUCUCAUGCGCUAUGUCACUGCCUCAAGCGCCUAUCUAGGCAGGCAAGAAGAUGCGAUAGAUUUCGACAUAACCUAUUAUCGAAGCAAAGAUCCUUUGAAUCCAAGGCUCUACGAAGACAUACUCGAAGAAAUUGAACAACUCGCUAUUUUCAAAUACGGGGCAUUGCCGCAUUGGGGGAAGAACAGGAACGUAGCGUUUGAAGGAGCCAUAAAAAAGUACAAGAAUAGCAAAGAGUUUUUGAAGGUUAAAGCGGCUUAUGAUCCAUUAGGGCUCUUUUCUAGUGACUGGAGUGAUCAAGUCUUGGGGCUUAAAGGUGGGUUGCCCAUAGUGAAGGAGGGUUGUGCAUUAGAAGGGCUGUGCAUAUGUGCAGAGGACAUUCAUUGUGCCCCAAGCAAGGGCUACUUCUGCAGGCCAGGGAGAAUUUACGAGGACGCAAGAGUUUGUGCUCGUUUGGAUAAUAAUCGACGACACUCAUGAUGUUUUGAGGCGAUUCUUGCGUUGCUUACACUGCAGAAAUAAGAAGUGGUCAUAUAUAUAGAUACACACACACAUAUAUGCACACCGUAUUCUUUUUAUAUUCUCAUAUAGUUAAAAUAUAUGCCUAGUAAUUUUUAGGAGAAAGCUAUUUAGGAUGUUGUCUAUGAACAGAGCAUCCUCGACUUCGUGAUUAAGAUUUCUCUUGUACAUGGUCAGUGUAGCUCUGCUCUGCCUUAUAUAUUGAUGAGUUACCAAAUAGAAACGCAACCAACCAAGAGCAUUGCAUUUACAUAAUACAAAAA